AUGCACCAAUCAAUUUUCGCUGUACUCGCCACUGUGGCCAUUCUCGGUGAUGCUGCCGCCAUUGCACCCCCGGGCGACGCGGUUUCCAGAAUCACAACGACUACCAGUGUCCCACCAGGCGUCGCUGUCCCUCUACACAAAGCCCGGGACGACCUGUCGCAGCCAGCCGAUAACCAUUAUAUCCUCCCCAAGCUUGUUGGAAAACUAGACGAGAAUGGAAACUUCUUGAACGACACCACCGCCACAAACUCGACAGUUCCAUCUACACUUCAGGACGAUCCCGACUGCAAGGACAACUCAGCCACCGACAAAUCCCGCAAGCACCGUGGUUGCAAGCACAAGAAUGAUGAUCACAUGAAAGAGGAUGAUCAUAAGAACAACAGUGAUGAUCACAAGAACAAAGAUCUCGGAGACAAGCCUUUACGAGAGAUUGGCGAUUGUUUGGGCUCGGGAAAGGACAUGAUUGAACAAUGGUGUGAGUGCAUGGACAACUGCGACGCCGUGAGGGCGUAUUGGCGCGCUCUCAUCCAGGAGGGAAAAAACGCGAUCAAGGUGGGCUUUGCGGAGAAGGCAACGUUGUGGGAUGAUGUAUGUGCUUCCUUUACUGCGACUCACGCCACGCCAAUCUCCUUGGAGGUCGCCGAGAUGACAACGGGUUCCAAGGAAUGUGCUCCCCGUUCAUCCAAUGGAUGGUGA